AGAGUAUCGUAUCUCUAACCCGCCAAGGCUCGUCCAAUCCGUACUCACGACACCUUCACCAUGGCACCUGUCGAUCGCGUAGACCACAAUGCCCUUGAGCAACAGCUCAAGGACAUCAUCCAAGAUCUAUACCAAAUAAUGGUACAAGUCUCAACUUACGACUCUGUCGGCCGAUCCAGUAGAGAAGUUCUCAUCAACGAAAUCAAAACCCUCUCCGACUCCCUUCGCACUGUUCACUCCUCCGCCUCUCCCCCAAACAACUUGCCUUCAGUGCCCCCAGAACUUGUCGAGUAUGUCGAGCACGGCCGUAACCCAGAUAUUUACACCCGAGAAUUCGUUGAGCUCGUGCGUCGAGGGAACCAGCUUAUGCGCGGCAAACUCAACGCCUUUGGAACCUUUCGCGACAUCUUGGCGGAGAACAUCACCACGGCCAUGCCCGAGUUGCGCGACGAUGUGGCCCAGGUCGUCGAGGCCACUGGAGGCGUGCCACCCGGAAGGAGAAAUGGUGAGCAGCCGCAACAGAAUGGCAAUGCUACCAACCAUGCCUCGUCGUCUGCUGCUUGAGAGGUUGGCAAAAUUGGAUGACCAUGAUCAUUCACCAUGUUGCUCAGGCUACGAGCAUGUUUAUUUCAAGCGGUUGCGGUUACGGCACCGCGGAUUCUAUGAUACCCCAAGCGAGCGUAAUGCCGCGCAACUUAAUGCAAUAUUUCUGGUGCCAGCAGCGUUAAAUGCCGUGAUUCAAUAUUUGUCGUCGACAGCUGCCAUGAGGAGUUCAUAUCAACAUUGACAAG